UAUCACUGACCCAAAUCUAUCGUUGAGCACGAUCAUGGUAUCAACCUCCAAAUCCGAUCCUAUCGCCAUCAUCGGCGCAGGCGUCUUCGGCCUCGCCACGGCCCUCCACCUCUCCAGCAACGGCUUCACCAACAUCUCCGUCUUCGAAAAAGACACCCAAAUCCCCGCCCGUUAUUCCGCUGGCCACGACAUCAACAAGAUCGUGCGCGCAGAAUAUGAAGACCCAUGGUACACCGAGCUGGCCCUCCAAGCCAUCGAAGGCUGGAAAACCCCCCUCUACGCCCCCCACUACCACCAAACCGGCUUCCUCCACCUCGUCUCCGGCUCCGCCCCCGAGAAAGCCUCCCAAACCAUGAACCGAUUCCUGUCUUCCAUCCGCACCCACCCCACCUACAAGGGCAAGCUCUCCACCAUCACCACCCCAACCGACAUCCGCAACAUAGCCUGGCAACUCACCGGCCCCCUCCCCGGCUGGAACGGCUACUUCAACCAACUAGCCGGGUACGCCCACUCCGCCAACGCUCUCCGAGCAGUCUACGAAGCCUGCGCAGCAAGGGGCGUAAAAUUCUUCCUGGGUGACCAAAUCGGCAAAGUAACCGAGCUCAUCUACGACAACACAAACAAGAAGCAAGUCACGGGAGUCCGCACAGGUAAUGGUCAAAUCCACUCCUGCCGUCUGGCCGUCGUGGCCAUCGGCGCUGCCGCAGCAACUCUUAUCCCAGAGGUUGGGAGCCAAGUCGUCGCCAAGUCCUGGUCCCUGGGUCAUGUGAAACUCACUGACGAUGAGACCUCCAUGCUCCGCGGUAUUCCCGUGACUUAUGCGCGUGAUCUGGGAUUCUUCUUCGAGCCCGAUCCGAAGACUAACCUGUUGAAGAUCUGCCCCAUGGGAGGCGGGUAUAUCAACACGGAUCCCGCGUCGGGGGUGUCUUACCCGCCUGCCACGCUGCAGGAAAGCGAGAAUGUUCUCCCGGCUGAGGAUGAGAAGCGCAUGAGACGGUUACUUCGUGAGACGCUACCACAGCUAGCUGAUAGACCCUUUGUUGAGAAGAAGCUGUGCUGGUUUGCCGACACGAGUGAUUCGGACUUUAUUGUGGAUUUUGUGCCGGAGACGGACGGGUCGGUGGUUCUUUUGUCGGGCGAUUCGGGACAUUUGUUCAAGAUGCUUCCUAUUGUGGGUGAUUGGGUGUAUACGUUGCUUAGGGAGAGGAAGCAGGGAGUUGAUCGGUGGAGGUGGAAGGGGAGUGCGCAGAAGAAGGGCAAGUGGGAUGGGGAUGUGAGUUGGCGGUUGGGUGAGACGAGGGAGUUUGAGGAGGUUAGACUUAUUCCGGGACCGAAGUUGUAG